UCCAGAACUCGGGGGGCACAAGCACAACUUUAUAUGGAGUCGAGGACGACGCGUCGCCCCCAUCCAAGGCACCGCAGCGGGCGCGCCCCACCACCGGGCCCUCCUCCCCCUCUCCGCCCUCGCCACCCCGCUCCUCCCCUUCCUUCCCCGCAGUGGUCCCGCAAAAACCCUAGCCAUCCCGCCGCCUCCGCCGCCGACGACGACAUGGACGACGACGCCAUCACGGCGCUGAUGGACAUCGACGACUCCCCCCGCAGCAGCGGCGCCGGCGCCGUCUUCCUCGACGACGAGGAGGACGCGGAGGUCUUCCCCGGCCACCGCGCGGCCCGCGCCAACGAGGCCCGCGGGCCCCUCCCCUUCGCCGGCUUCUACAACUCCUUCGACGGCGCCGACUUCGACGACACCGACCUCGCCUGAGGCGCUUACGGUAACGUGUGGGGGCCGGUGCUCUUGUGGGGGGCUCUCCUGGAAGUUUGAGAGGCUGAUCUGUCUCUAUGGUGAUGGAUUCUUCUAGUUAGUUCGUCGGUUAGAUUUCUUUUCAUGUAUCUCGAGACGUCGUGAGAUCAAUCUGGGUACCUUUUGCUGCCGAUGUUUUUGAAUCUCUAUGCCUUGCCUGCAUUGUUGGUUGCUUGGUUAGUGCUUUUGGCUCUUGAUUGGUACCAAUCUCUGCGAGGUUUUCUUAAAUUCUCGUAGUACUUUGAUUCACAAGAUAGAUUUUUGUUUAUAUAUGUUGGCUUCAA